AAAUUAGUAGAGAGAAAUCACAGACACAUUAUAUCUUAUAUAUAUCGACAAUUGUUGGAAAAAUCUCGUGGGAAAUUGAUAGUUAGGGCAUGGCUUUGCAUUUGAGCAGCGCUUGCUUCUCCGCGGUUAAGGUUCCAGCAGUAAGAGCAGCGGCGGCGCCGGACCAAGCGGUGAAGACGAAGGAGGUAGAGAAGGUUAAGCUCGGUGGCUCGGAGUUGAUGGUCACAAGGCUUGGAAUUGGGGCUUGGUCCUGGGGCGACAAUACCUACUGGAAUGAUUUCGAAUGGGAUGACAGGAAGCUAAAGGCUGCUAAGGCUGCUUUCGAUGCCAGCAUUGACUGUGGCAUAACUCUCUUCGAUACUGCCGAGGUUUAUGGCUCCCGGAUGGCAUUUGGUGCUAUCAGCUCUGAAACACUACUCGGAAGAUUCAUCAAGGAAAGGAAGCAAAGAAAUCCCGAUGUUGAGGUUGCUGUCGCCACCAAAUACGGAGCUUUGCCAUGGAGACUCGGUCGCAAGAGUGUUAUUUCGGCCUUAAAGGAUUCUUUGGCGCGCCUUGAGCUGUCUUGUGUUGAACUCUAUCAGCUUCAUUGGCCUGGAAUUUGGGGGAAUGAAGGAUACAUCGAUGGUCUAGGGGAUGCAGUCGAGCAAGGUCUUGUUAAAGCUGUUGGGGUAUCGAACUAUAGUGAGAAGCGCCUUCGCGAUGCAUAUGAUAAGCUCAAAAAGAGAGGGAUUCCUCUGGCGUCGAAUCAAGUAAACUAUAGCUUGAUAUAUAGGAACCCCGAGGAAAAUGGCGUCAAAGCAGCUUGUGAUGAGCUUGGGAUCACCUUGAUUGCAUAUUCGCCCAUCGCCCAAGGCGCUCUAACCGGGAAGUACACGCCCGACAACAUCCCAUCCGGUCCACGAGGGCGAAUAUACACUCCGGAAUUCCUAACAGUACUACAACCUUUAAUAAACCGGAUAAAGCAGAUCGGGGAUGGCUAUGGAAAAACUCCAACACAGGUUGUCUUAAACUGGCUGAUUGCACAAGACAACGUGGUACCAAUCCCGGGAGCCAAGAAUGCCGAACAGGCUCAAGAAUUUGCAGGCGCUGUCGGCUGGAAGCUCAGCACGGAGGAAGUCGAAGAGCUGAGAGCAAUGGCAUCGGAUAUCAAACCGGUCAUUGGUUUCCCGGUGGAGAAACUAUAGGUAUCAUGUAUAUAUAUAUACUAGAACUCGGCAGCGCAACUAUACUAUACUGUUUGGGUGAUUUGUAAUGUAAAAAGAUUAUGUAUUGUUAUAAAUAUAAUAUAAUUCAUUAAAAAUAUAUUGAUAUUUA